CUGGACGGGGCCUGAUCCGACGCCGCUGCCGCGCGGGGCUGUCGCAGGGCUGGAAGCGCCUGCAUUCGGAAGAGCAGCCGAAGUGGCGGCUGUUUUCCGUUCAGUCCGUUCACCCACGCGUUUAUUUUCGUCGGAGCUACUGGAAAAGCACUAAACCACAGGGAAAUCUUAAUACUUUUCUGUUAGACUGCAGGAAAGAAGAGAUUACUCCAAGAAACUCUGAAGUAUAAUAGCCAGUUUUAGUGAGCUUUUUGCUAAGCUGUUUAGGCCAGGAUGGCUGUGGAAUCCAGAGCGGUUUCAACCUUGGUCCCUCAAAAUUCUCAAGAUCAAGAACUAAUACUAGUGAAAGUAGAAGAAAGCCUUUCCUGGGGUCAGAAAUUUAAGCAGAGCGGGAGUAUCAGAUCCUGCCAAGAAUUGUUUCGCCAGCAAUUCAGAAAGUUUUGCUACCAGGAGACACCUGGACCCCGGGAAGCUCUGGGCCGACUCCAGGAGCUUUGCUAUCAGUGGCUCAUGCCAGAGUUGCACACAAAGGAGCAGAUCCUAGAACUGCUGGUGCUGGAGCAGUUUCUGAGCAUCUUGCCUGAGGAACUACAGAUCUGGGUUCAGCAACAUAGUCCAAAAAGUGGCGAGGAAGCUGUGACCCUGUUGGAGGAUUUGGAGAGGGAAUUUGAUGAUCCAGGGCAGCAGCAGGGACCAGCAGUGCCGUGGAAGGAUUUGACACGUCUUGGAACAUCCCAAGAGUUAACAAACAUCCAACUCCAGCCUUUAAAGACACAGCUGAAACCCUGGGAACCUUGCCUUUCCCCUAAAAGUGAUUGUGAGAACAGUGAAUCAGCGACUAAGGACAUUUCAGGAGAAAAAUCACAAGGACUUCCCCAGGAACCUUCGUCUGGAGGAGUUAGUGAACACGAAAGCAAUUUAGAGUGGCAACAAGAAAGUGCUACAGGGGAGAAAUUAAGAAGAUCCCCUUCCCACGGGGGCAGUUUUAGUCAAGUAAUCUUCACACACAGAUCUCUAGGAAAGAGAGACCAUCAUGAGCCUCAAAGCGGCUUGAUUCUAAGUGCAAACUCUAUAACUUAUCAGAAAGUUGCUACAGAAGAGAGACCUUAUAGAUGUGAUGUGUGUGGGCACAGCUUCAAACAGCAUUCCUCUCUAACGCAACAUCAGAGAAUCCAUACUGGAGAAAAGCCCUAUAAAUGUAACCAGUGUGGGAAGGCUUUCAGUUUGAGGUCAUACCUUAUUAUUCAUCAGAGAAUUCACAGUGGUGAGAAAGCAUAUGAAUGUAGUGAAUGUGGGAAAGCCUUCAAUCAGAGCUCAGCCCUCAUUAGACAUCGCAAAAUUCAUACUGGUGAGAAGGCUUGUAAAUGUAACGAAUGUGGCAAAGCAUUCAGUCAAAGCUCCUAUCUCAUUAUACAUCAAAGAAUUCACACUGGCGAGAAACCCUAUGAGUGUAACGAGUGUGGGAAAACCUUUAGCCAAAGCUCAAAGCUUAUUAGACACCAGCGAAUUCAUACGGGAGAGAGACCUUAUGAGUGUAAUGAAUGUGGAAAAGCUUUCAGGCAGAGUUCAGAGCUGAUAACCCAUCAGAGAAUACAUAGUGGAGAGAAGCCGUAUGAAUGUAAUGAGUGUGGAAAAGCUUUCAGUUUGAGCUCAAACCUCAUCAGACACCAGAGAAUUCAUAGUGGAGAGGAACCUUAUCAGUGUAAUGAAUGUGGCAAAACCUUCAAAAGGAGCUCAGCCCUUGUUCAGCAUCAAAGAAUCCACUCUGGGGAUGAAGCUUAUAUCUGUAAUGAAUGUGGGAAGGCUUUCAGGCACAGAUCAGUCCUUAUGCGCCACCAGAGAGUCCACACUGUAAAAUAACUGGUGAAUACAAUGAAUGGUGUAAAUAUUCUGGUCAGAAUUAUAUCUUUGUUAGUUGAAAAGGUUUACUUUGGAAUGAGACUCCAGGCUGGUAAACUGCCAGGUCUGGAGUCAUUCCGACUUACUGCAGCACUUCCCAAUGCUACAGCAAAUUGUCCCCCGAAAGCUUUUCCUGUGACGAAUCAGAACAGCAAAUGGAAGAAUCACUGCUUCCAGCUUUUCUCUUACCAUUAGGAAUACUCAGGAAAUAAGAAAACUGGGAAUAUAACAUUAAAACCUCAUUUUCAUGAGAAUGUCAUAAAGAGGGUGCAGCAACCCAGGCUGUCACUGCAUCUAAUUGUCCACAUGCCAGGUUUGGUAUACUGUAUGAACAGUAAGAGGGUCAUUUUGUCCCAGGAAUACAAAAGUUUACUGACCAAUUAUGAACAGUGACAGGGCAGCAAGACAGAUGGGGAAAUGGUUUAUCAAUGAUUUAUUGAGCCCAGGGCGGCCCAGAAAUGAGGAAGUGAAAAUAAUACAAAUUAAUUUAUCCAACAGUUAUUUUUUGUGGGCCUGUGUUGUGCCACGCACUAGGACUACAAUGGGUAAUAAGACUGUCUACAGUCGAAUGGACAAGGCAAACUGGCAGUGGCAUUAUGGCAUGAUCAGUGCUAUGUGACCUUAACGAGUACCUGACCCAGCCUUGGAUCAGGGAAAGUUUCUGAGAAGAAAACGAUCUGAAGGAUGAAUAGGAGUUAGCCAGGGGAGUAGGCAGGCAGGCCAGGGAAGAAUAUUCCCAGGAGAGGGAACAAUAGACCAAGGAAGAAUGUCUGGCACAUCCUGAGAAAUUUUAAAAGGCCAUUUUGUGUGGAGUGUUGCUGUUGAGUUCCUUUUGAAGUGGAGUCCUGUCUGUAAGAGAAGCAUGGAUGUAGCCAGAUCCUCUUAAGCAGUGUCUGUAGCAAAAUAAGAAUCAGUGGAGAAGCUUCUGUUAUUAGAGAAAACCUGGAGUUCUUGGACCACAGGGUAGAGUGGAGCUUUUUCUUGGUCUGCUGUGGGCUGAGGAAAGGGUUAGUUUCCUUGCCUCUAGGCUAAGCUAGACCUUGUGCAUGUUUGGAGGAGGCCCAAUGGUUAGAAAGAGCCCAGCCUAGCAGUUAAGCCCCUGUUAGAGUUCUAAAUCUUCCCACUAAACAGAAGGACUCCUUUGGUUCUUCAGACUAUCAGAGCUGCUGUCUGCUUCCUGCUAACUCACAAAGCCCUGGGUCAGAAGCUGCUAUGGCUACCACAUUUGUUUCUGGGGCUGUACCCCCAUAGCUCUAGUGCACUCCCUUGGCCUCAGGUGCUAAAAAAUAUUUGUCAGUCGCUAGGUCUGCGACUUAUUCUCCAGGCACCUCACAUGUGUGCAGUUUUGUCUUUUAUUGGCAGUGUAUCACAAUCUUGUGAAUUUUAGUUAAAGACUGUGCUAAAGGGAAGUGGCAACAAAAAGUAACAGUCCUGAUCCAUCCACAGACUAUGGGAGCCAGCAGGAAAAGUAUCCUUGGACUGGUGCUUCUCAGCGCAAUGCAGGAAAGUAUAAAGUCAGCAACAAAAAAACCUGUUACUCAAAAUACCUAACAGGUCAGACAGAGUUCUAAAACUUUGCCAAAAAAAAGGAAAUCUAUGGGAAUCUAGAAUCCUGUGCUUAGGGAAAGAGUUUUCAUGAGGAUAAGUAGAGAAUACCCUUGUUGGGGCAUAUGUAGAUGAGCAGAUACUAACCAGUAAGAAUGGCAGGGAGGCUAAAUCCCCAUGCUUGGAGAGUGAAAAAAGAAAGGGAUAGGAUAACUAACAUAUAAGCUAUUCAUACUCAACUCUGUAUCCUCUCCCAAGGUAAAGACAAACUGAAAAGGGUAGGACAAUUGAUAGGUAGGAAUUGAUACAACAUAUAUUACAAAAGGGAGAGAUUAUAGAGUUCUUAACAUACCAGUACAAAACCUAAGAGGUACUUUGCUGAGGGCUUUGUAUAUAUGUAUUUGUUGUUUCUCUGAGCACAUUUUGCAGAUGAGGAAAUGAAGGCUUAGGAUCAUGGCUUAGGAUCUUAUUAGCUAAAAAGUGGUGAGGUCAGACUUCAAAACCAGACAAUAGGAAAACAACCCUUCUGUGGAGCCACUUCUCUAUAGUAUCUCUCCAUGAAAAAGUCCCAGUAGAAAAAAUUGUACUUAAGUAAGCCAAUCACAAAAGAACAAAUGCUAAUGGGUGAUAAACAGUCAGUUGCUAAAAUAAAAAAUGUAGGAGCACCUGGGUGGCUCAGUCAGUUAAGCAUCUGCAUUCAGCUCAGGUCAUGAUCCUCAAGUCCCAAGAUGGAGCCUGGCUGCGGCUCCCUGCUCAGUGGGUCUCCUCCCUCUGCCCGUCACCCAGCUUGUUCUCUCUCUCUCUCUCUCUCUCAAAUAAGUGAAAAAUAAAUGAAAUCUUUAAAAAAAUAAUAAAUAGAAUAAAAAAUGUAUAUUAAAGCGAGAGUUGAGAUGGCACUUUUUCCCCUCAUAAAAUGAAGAUUCAGGAAAAUAAGGAAUCCAGUGCUGCUGGUGAGCUGUGAAUAGAUACCAUCUCUGGCAAUCAAUCCCAGAAGCCUUAAGCAUUGCCUUUUGACUUUAAAAUUCUACCUGGAAAUGUAUGCUUCAGAAAACAUCAUGAAUGUAUACAAAGUCUUAAAAGCUGUUAAGAUGUUGAUGUCAAAAGAAAUGACAACAUAUCUUAAGUAAAAAUAGAACAUGUACAAUAUGACUCCAUGUAAAAAUAUAUUUAUGCAUUAAAAAUCCUGGAAAUAUGUAAUCUCAGAGUGCUACACCAGCUAUCUCUGGGUGAUAAAAUUAUAGGUGAUUUAAUUGUU